ACGAUGGAAACACACCUCUACAUAUUGCAGCCAUGUUUGGACAUGUUGAAACAGUGAGACACCUGAUCAGUAAGUACAGUGCUGAUAUCGAUUGCACUAAUAAUCAGAACAGUACUCCAUUGUGUUUAGCUGCGGCAUAUGGUCAUGAGAUUGUGAUACAUGCUCUGAUAGAGUUUAAUUGCAGUCCACACGUCAGAGACUACAAUGGUCAAACUCUGCUUCAUUAUGCAUGCCAAAAUGGUCAUAUAAAACUAUUAAAUAAACUGGUAACUGAACAUAAGGUGGAUCCAUCAAUUAGAGACAAUGAUGGGAACACACCUCUGCAUCUUCUGUGUCGUACCCUGCAUGCGGAAAAAGAGAAAUUGAGAAUAAUCCUUUGCGAGCACCGGUACUGGACAGUGUUUCAAGUUAAUAAUAACGGUAACACCCCUCUUCACACAGCAACUCGAUAUGGGCAAGCUGAUUGUGCAUACUUACUAUCGCAGGAGUACAAUGCUCCCCUAUUUGUGCAAAAUAAAUAUGGUUGGACGGCCCUUGAUUUAGCUAAAGCUCUGGGAAAUCAACAUAUUGGUAGUAUUUUCUUAAGUCAUAAUUUUGAAAUUCAGUCAACCUAUGAGCAACUAGAUAAACUUGCUAAAAAGGAAUUUGCUGGUGAAAAGAACCUCACCAGAAUAUUUGUUGUAGGUCAUCCAGGUGCAGGGAAAUCCACGCUUGUUGAGACUAUUAAGAAAGAAGGUUUCUUCAGCUACUUCAGCACAUCAACUGUAAAACUCCACACUGCAGGUAUUAUUCCAAGUACUUACGACAGUAAUACUUAUGGAAGAAUGAUACUCUAUGAUUUUGCUGGUGAUUCUGUAUACUACUCCUCACAUGCUGCAAUUAUGGAGUCAAUCAAUACAUCGAAAGGAAGUAAUAUCUAUCUGAUAGUUUGUGAUUUGAGUGAAGGUGAAGAAGCUGCUGUCACUAAAUACAGCUACUGGCUUUCAUUUCUAUCAUACAAUAUUAAGCAAUUUUCAAACACGAUUAUCUUACCAGUGGGAAGCCAUGCUGAUGAUUUCAUGAACAAAGCGUCAGUUCAACAAGUAUUACGUGUAUUAAACGAUGUAUCACAAAAGUUCUGCACCAGCUCCAAUAUUGAUAAAUUACACAUAGAACAAAGUGUUGCUCUUGAUUGCCGUAACCGAGGAGCUGCGGUCGAUAGCAUCAAGAAACUUGCUACGAAAUUCUUCGAUUUAGUAUCCCCCGUCAGACUUUCCCCAGAGACAAGCACUCUCUUGGGAUUGUUGAGAAAAGAUUUUGAACACAUUCCAGCUUGUAAAGUAAACCUUCUUAUCUCUCACAUAGAAGGUACUGGAAUUCCGUUGCCACUAAAUUCUUUAUCACUAUACUCUCUCAUAAGAGAGUUACAUGAUUUGGGUCUGCUAAUGGUGAUAGAGAGAGAAGGGGACUCCAUUGAGAACCACAUAAUCAUUCUCAAGAUAUCAGCAUUCACAUCAGAUGUACACAAUAAACUGUUUUCAACGUCUGCUAAAGCUGACCUCACCAAGCACAUUGAUCAACUCAAGUUUAGCGUAGGUAUUAUUUCAGAAUCACUACUGGAGAGAGUACUGCCAGAGUACAUCACAAAAGAAAGUCUACUGCAGUUGCAGUACUGUCACGAAAUUGAGAAUUUGUAUGUGGAAGAGGACCACACUCAUUCUCAACUCACUUCAGAACCUGUACCAACAGAUAGUGCCACUAAAGAGAAAUCUCAUUUAUUUUUCCCUGCUCUGUGUGAUCUCAAGCUUGAGGACAUUCAAUGGCCUAAAUCCGAAGGUGAUAAGAUUACUUUGGGAUGGAAUGCUAAAUGUGAUGGUGACAGAUUCGACUUCUUUCCAACACGAUUUCUUCAUGUGCUUAUCGUUCACCUCUCUCACAACUUUGCACUAAAACAAAUCCUGCCCACAAAACACAGACUCUCCUCUACAGCUUCCAAUUCUUUGAUUGCUGAGGUACAUGCUGCCAAUCCUAGCUGUCAUGUCUGGUCGACUGGUCUGCAUUGGCUUAUGAAGAAUGGAGUGGAAGUGUUUGUCGAUAUGCCUAAAGAAGCUGAUAGUAAAGAACUGGUUGUACUAGCAAGGAGUGACGUCCGAAAUCAAGCCAAGUGUUCUGAAACUCUGCAUCAAGUUAUUCAAAAGGUAGUGGAAGCAAAAAUGGAGUUCUGUGCUAGUAUAGUGCCUACUGUUUACCUUCUUGAUCCGAGCAACCUCAAAGAUGAACCUUUUACGAAUGCUUUGAGUUCAUCUAAAUAUGCUCUUAGUGAUAUCGAAGAAGCACUAGCAGAAGGCACUGAGAAAGUUGCCGAUAAAGACAGGCAAUGCUUCUCCACUCCGAUCAAAGAAUGGAUUAGCCCAACAAGAUGGGCCAUAUCUUACUGGAAUCUGUUUUUUCCGAUGAAUACCUUCUUGGUUCAUUCUGCUUUGCAAGAAGUAAAUAGUGCUCAAUGGAAACUGCUAGGAAUGAGUCUUCCGAUCCCCUGGAACAAAUUAGAUGACAUUGAGAAUAAUGACUCAUCAUACCCUGGUGACAUUGCUAAGAAAGAAGAAGUAAUUCAACUAUGGAUGUCUCAAGAACCCACCUGGAUAGUGUUGGUAGAUGCUCUCAGUCAAUCUGCAUAUGAAUGGUCACAGAAUUCAAGUCAAAUCUCACAAAAGCAUAAUGUGCCUCUACAAAAGAAAAUUCUCGAAAAAGAUUCAUCUCUCCGUCCUAACGAGGACUUUCUCCAAUCAUUUGCUGACGUCAUUGGCUCUCGUUGGCAGUGUCUUGCUUUUCCCCUCUCCCUCACUUCUGAAGACAUUGUGAGCAUCAAGAGAGAGACAAGAGGAGCAGAGCCGACUAGACAAGCACUCAUCGUGCUGCAGAAGUGGGCAGCCAGGGAGACGGCAACUUAUGGUCAGUUGAGAGAGAGGCUCCGUACACUCUCAGUGUUUCAUAUCUGAGAACUUUAGUAUCAUGCAUCACACCACAUCGCUACUUUAACGCAUCUACUGUAGAUACAUUUUUUGUGUCAUUGAACUUUCAGAACUCAUGCUUAGCCAUUAAAUUUAAGCAACAAUACGUUCUAGUCUACUGCAAUUUAAUUUCUGUACUGCCUGCAAUACUCUAUAAUAAUAUACAACCUUCAAAAAAUCGCAUAAUUUUGUUAGCCCUUUACUAGUUUCUUAAUGUUGUCAAUUCUCUUAUUAGUCAAAUGCUUCCCCCAAGUGAUUUUUGUCUAUAGCUUUUUUGUUGUACAAAAGUUCUGUUACAGCAGCUCCAAGAUUGAUGAUUUACAAAUCGU